CUUCUGUACGCCUCAGAGUAGGGGUCACUCACCAUGCCCAUGGCCACGGCUGCGAGUCGGCCUUGCGCCGGCGGGUCGCGGGACAUCCUGUGGCGCGUUUUAGGCUGGAGAAUAGUUUCUAGUAUUGUUUGGUCAGUGCUGUUUCUACCCAUCUGUACUACAGUAUUCAUCAUCUUUAGCAGAAUUGAUUUAUUUCAUCCAAUACAGUGGCUGUCAGAUUCUUUCAAUGAUCUCUAUAGUUCAUAUACAAUCUUUUACCUCCUGCUGUUGUCAACGGUAAUAGUAAUAAUAAAUGUUUUCAAUGUGGAGUUUUAUACAGUUGUGCCUUGCAUCCCCUGCUCCAGACUGGCCCUGAUAGGGAAGAUCGUUCAUCCACAGCAGGUCAUGCACUCAUCUGUUCACGCUUCCAUGGGGAUGCUGAUGGCGUGGUGCGCUGCAGUGAUAACCAAGGGCCAGUACAGUUUCCUCAUCGUUCCCUGUACUGGUGCUGAGAGCUUGGAUAGCCCUGCUGCUCAAAGCUGCUUAAAUGAAUACCACCUUUUUUUCCUACUGGCUGGAGCGUUCAUGGGCUAUAGCUAUAGCCUUCUCUAUUUCGUCAACAACAUGAAUUAUCUUCCCUUUCCCAUCAUACAGCAAUACAAAUUUUUGCGAUUUAGGAGGUCUCUGCUCUUACUAGUUAAACAUAGUUGUGUGGAAUCGCUAUUUCUUAUUCGAAAUUUCUGCGUUUUGUAUUACUUUCUGGGUCAUAUUCCUAAAGCAUGGAUUACCACUGCUAUGGACCUUCGGAAGGAUAAGCAAUUACAUCCUCUUGACUCUGUGAGUGGUCUCCUGAAUCUCUCGUUACUCUACCAUGUCUGGCUGUGUGGUGUUUUUCUCCUUACAACUUGGUAUAUCUCAUGGAUACUCUUCAAGAUCUACGUUACAGAGGCUCAUCUGUUCCCCGUUCAACCACCAUUUGCAGAAGAAUCAGAUGAAUGCCUCCCUAAAGUGUUAAACAGCAAUCCUCCCCUUAUCAUAAAGUAUUUGGCCUUGCAGGACCUGAUGUUGCUCUCUCAGUAUUCUCCUUCACGAAGAAAAGAAGUGUUUAGUCUCAGCCAACCAGGUGGACACCCCCACAACUGGACAGCCAUCUCAAGGGAAUGCUUGAAUCUUCUAAGUGAUAUGACUCAGAAACUGGUUCUCUACCAAGAAACUGCUGCUACGAAUGGAAGAGUGCUCAUAUCCUUCUGCCCAGGGGGCCCUAGGACAUCAAACGCUCCCGAGGAAAUCACUUUUCAGACACCGAAAUCUAGCCAGAUUACUCGACCUUCAGUGCCAUCAGCAGUGACAUCCUCGAUAUUUUCGUCAAAAUUAUCUACCCCUGAUGUUGUAAGUCCCCUUGGGACCCCCUUCGGUUCUGGUGUAAUUAAUCGGCUGGCUGGAGUGUUGGAUGUAAGCACCUGCUAUAGGUCACCUCAAAGUCCUCAGCUAGUAAGAAGAGGGCCUAGAUUAUGGACUUCUGCAUCUGAUCAGCAAAUGACUGAAUUUUGUAAUCCAUCUCCAUCUACCUUUGAGCGUGCUGAGGGUAAGACAAUGGGUCAACCCAGUGUGAUUUCAUCCUGGAUUCAGAAUAGGCGUGAUCAGAUGAAGAACUUCCUGUCAAAACGGGUGCUGAUAAUGUAUUUUUUCAGUAAGCACCCAGAGGCCUCCAUUCAGGCUGUUUUUGCAGAUGCUCAAAUGCAUAUUUGGGCAUUAGAAGGUCUGUCUCACUUAGUGGCGGCAUCAUUUACAGAAGAUCAGUUUGGAGUUGUGCAGACCACACUACCAGCUAUUCUUAAUACUUUACUAACGCUGCAAGAGGCAGUUGACAGAUACUUCAAGCUUCCUCAUGUGUCCAGUAAACCAUCUCGGACUUCAGGAAGCCUUGUGGACACUUCUUACAAAACAUUAAGGUUUGCAUUCAGAGCGUCACUAAAAACUGCCAUCUAUCGAAUAACGACUACUUUUGGCGAACAUUUGAAUGCUGUGCAAGCAUCUGCAGACCAUCAGAAAAGACUUCAACAGUUCUUGGAGUUCAAAGAAUAGUUAAGUAAUAUAAACUGUGUUCAUUACCCUGCUGAUACAACUGCAGAUGGGACAGUAAAUGUUCAGCAUUCUUGGAUCAGAAGAAAAUGGACUAAUUAGAUGCUUCCUUUGUCGUGGUGGUUGCUUUGAAAGCUCUACUCUAAUGGGAGAAAGCAUGGGAAGAAUACUCCGCAGAACAGCAAACACUGCCUUCUCUGUACCAGUGUCUGCGCGUGCCCUAUAAUAAAGCCUUCACUUGGUUUACAGCA